ACGUAGCUUUAGAUUAUUAGUUUAGACAGUGUUUAUGAACAUUUUGCCAUCAUGGAUGGAGUAAAUUCUGGCGGCAAAGGACGAAGGAUGUGUGUUGCUGGAGGCUGUAGCAGAAGAAAAUCCGAUGGUGUGAGCUUACAUCAGUUUCCAUUCGAUCGUCCUGCUAUUCUUCGACAGUGGACGGCCUUUGUGCACAACUCCCGGAAAAAUUGGAACGGUCCUACGAAAGCAUCUGUGCUUUGUUCUGCGCAUUUCACGGAGGAUUCUUACCCAGCCAAGUAUCGCUUAAUGGAGUCGGUGGGAGCUCCCGUCCAGCGGAAAGAGUUGAAAAUAGAGGCUGUUCCAACUAUACAGACUAAACGUCCACAUGGAGAUGAAACACCUGUAUUGGGAAAACGUAGGGCUGAAGACGACAUAUCCCCUGCAAUCCUGACCAGCACACCCAAGAAGCCAAGGAGAGCUUUUCUCAAGAGGGAAUCUCAGCGGAUUUUGCUGGACUUCGAGAUGCAGACGGAGAGUGCUUUUGCAGAGUCUUAUGAGGAUCCUUUGCAGACUGAUGGAAGUGCAGAAAACCUUUUGUCUCAGAUUAUAGACCAGGUUGCAGAUACCCCAACUCCCCCAAAGAAGGAGACCAGAUCUGUCGGGUCUCACCUUUCUAUGCCAAAACCCCAGAAAAGAUCACUUUUCACUCAGACAAAGUGGAAGACUUGUGAUAAAGGGGUACAAGCUGUUGAAAAAGUGACAACGAGAGUAAUAGGAAUAAGUUGUAAUCUACUACCAGCCCCUCCUUUAGGAGCACAACCCAUAAAUAUUCCAACACUCGACGAGUCGUUUGCCACUGAGGAAACUGACAGCAUCCAGGAUGAGGUAGAAGAUCCUGAUGAAUCUUUCCAGUCCAUCGAGUCUGAUGACACUGACGGAAGUGAUCUAGGGUAA